UCUUUAGUGUAAUGAGAGAACAAGGUAGUUCCUAGACUUAUAAUGGAUAAUCGCUUGGGGGUCUAGGAGACUACGGCUAAUCGCUGUUCGACCAAAAAGUAAGACUCGCACCGAAUCACGCGACCUUUUUACCGCGCUAACCGUGGCUCGGGUCCUACCUAGGUAGUUUUAUCAGGAUGAGCAAUAGGAUUUUCGAAAUACCCACAUGAGGAAAGAGAUAAAUAGAAGCCUUAAGCUUUGAAGCAGAAGGCCAAAUCUUCAUUUUAGUUCACUAGCUAUCCCUUUCCUCAAUCCCUCAAGACAUGAAGGAAAUACACAGCCUCCAUGCAUCCCAAGCUUCGACUUCCACAGCCACCCUAAUGGACAAAUCCUCCUCUGUCGGACUCGGAGGCCGAGCCAUCGACCGCCACAACCCAAUCAUCACUGAUUCAAGGAGACUGACCACCAAACAGUCGCCCACUUCCGCACUACAUGUGCCUUCGCGUGAUCCACCAAGUCAACUAAAACCGCACCACCAUCAACUUCAGAGCACCAGCAAGAAAGGCUCUUCCAAGCCAACUCCUCGUGAUGAAAGCAAGAUCUCUCCCAAAUCGAGUGAAGGCCGAAAGGAUUCUGUCAAGGACUCAUCUUUGAAAAAGAAGGAUGUUAUGCAAAAGACAAUUGCCCUUCCCGGUGACCUUUGCACCCCUCCUAGUUCCUCCAGAUAUCUGUUAAGUGACACCGUUUUAAUCAACGACGACUCAGCUUUAACUUCAGUUUUGGAUGAGCACAAGAAGAGCCAGUCUUCGGAUCGGUUUGAGCGAUUUGGCAAUUCCAAUCCCUCGGCCUCUUCUCGCUCAAAACCCACUUCAGACCAGGUUGUCGUAUUGAGGGUCUCGCUGCACUGUCGAGGGUGCGAAGGAAAAGUUCGAAAACAUCUGUCGAAGAUGGCCGGAGUGACAUCCUUCAACAUAGAUUCUGCAGCAAAGAAAGUGACGGUGGUAGGAGAUGUGACGCCUUUGAGUGUCCUGGCAAGUGUUUCCAAGGUGAAAACCGCCAGGUUCUGGCCAUUUGCCCCGGCAGUUUCCUCGACCAAUGGAUCAGACAGCAAAAUCUGAAACCCGGACGGAACAACAGUGUUCCUACGUUGUAAAGUGCACAAAGCAUGAUGAAACGCACACCAUAUAUUGUGCUAAGCAUAAUGGCCUUGCCCCAUCUUUUCUUGAUGAAAGUUACUGGCGGCAUCACUCGAUUCCGCAGUUCUGCAAAACAAUUGGGGUUUAAUUCACUUGGUUUUUCACCAGGAGACUGAUCCUACCUUGUUCUAAUAUUGAUUCUCCUGGUUCAAAACCAAACCAAUCCAAAGGUUUCUGCAGACAAAAAACCAUGCUGAAAGAAUUCAUUCGCUUGUCCAUUGUAUGAUUAAGUGAUUCGGUUAUGCUUUAUUUCAGUCGAUCAUGUAAUAUGCACUCUAUUUACGCAACUGUUCUUCUGCUGGC